UUGGCCCAGGGGAGCUUUUGGGCUUGCGAGCCAAGAGGCGGUGGAAGCGGCUGAGCCUGAGCUGCCAACCGCUGAGAGCGGAGCCGGACAAGCCUGGCCAUGAGGAAGAGCUGGCGUCGCUCCUCGCGAUUUCCUCGAACUUCUUCCAAGCUCUGAUCCCGGGGGAGGGGGAUGCGGCGCAGGGACCAAGAUGAGAAAAAGCAGGGUGUACCGCAUGGUCUUGGCCACUUGCUUGGGCUCCUUGCUCCUGGUCAUCUUCUACUUCCAGAGCAGCCUGAACCCGGCUGCAGAAGACAGGAUAUUGAGGAUCAGCUGGCACGGGAAAUCUGGUCGAAGUCCACUUCAGACUCUUUACAAGAGUGACCAGCUUGAGCAGUCCUCCCUGCAGGCAAUUCAUCAACACAGGAGGGAGCUGCUAAACAGUAUGUGCCAUCGAUACACCCGCAAGCGACGCCUCCUAACUCCAGAUGACUUGCGGCACCUGGUGGUGGAUGAUGUCCAUGAGAUGCUCUACUGCUAUGUCCCCAAGGUGGCUUGCACUAAUUGGAAGAGGGUCCUGAUGGUCUUGACAGGGAAGGGCAAGUACCAGGACCCCCUGGAAAUCCCAGCACAUGAAGCUCAUGUACCAGCCAACCUACGCACUCUCUCCGAGUAUAGCACUCCUGAGAUCAACUACCGCUUGCGCAACUACCUCAAGUUCAUCUUUGUACGGGAGCCUCUGGAACGGUUGGUUUCAGCCUACCGGAACAAAUUCACCCGUAGCUUCUGUCUGACAUUCCAUAAGCGCUACAGGACCAAGAUAAUCCGGCGGCACCGUCAAGACCCUAGCAGCGAAUCCCUGGAAAGCGGCCACGAUGUGCGUUUUGAAGAGUUUGUGUACUAUCUGUUGGAUCCAAAGACCCAGCGCGAGGAGCCUUUCAAUGAGCAUUGGGAGCGAGUGCACUCCCUUUGCCAUCCAUGCAUUAUCCACUAUGAUAUCAUUGGCAAGUAUGAGACCUUGGCUGACGAUGCCAACUAUAUCUUGCAAUUGGUUGGGGCUGAUGCAGGCAUCAAGUUCCCUUCCUCUUCUAAGGCCACCAGAACCAACAAUAACCUGACUGCAAAGUUCUUCAAGAACAUCAGCCCCUUCUACCAAAGAAGAUUAUUUAAUUUAUACAAGAUGGAUUACUUGCUCUUCAAUUACACCAUCCCUCCUUAUUUACACCUACGAUGAGGCUGGUGACAUGCCCUUUCCUCAUCGUUUCUGCUGUCAACCAACAUAGAUGGACAUGAGAUGCUUGCAGCUCUACCUUUUUUGUUUUAUGUUUUAUCAGCACACAGAGUUCUCUCCGCCUUUUGUUCCUGUUUCAGUAGACAGAAUCUACUAUGGUUUGUCUAUCCUUUCUCCUGUCCUUAACCAAACAGCAUUUGUUUCUAGGAAGCACUGGAACUAUGUCCUUUUGUCAGGAGGUGGGAUAAUCUGUGUGGAAGUAGGAGACACAAUAAAAUGUGCAUGCAUUUAAUGUGUUCAAUUAUAAUCCCCACAAAUUUCUCCACAGUGAGGGAGACAAGGGAAAUAUGAGCCAGAAGUGUCUAAUUGUGAACAGUUACUUGGUAUGAGGCAAAAUUGUCAAUGAGAUAAGAGUCUUCUGUGUUUCCCCCUUUUACCAUCCUUGCUGCUGGUGUUUCAGAGAACUCAGAAAAAAAAAAGAAAAAAAAACCUUCUGCGUUUUCCCAUCAAGUUCUGCUCCCAUGCAGUUUCCAUCUAUUUGCACUGGAGUGAUGCUUAGUGGAUUGCCCACUUGUUUCUGCAGAUUUUACUAUGUGAGAAAAUCUUGACCAAAAGAAAUAUUUAAUUAUUUGCCUUGGCUUUUUUUUCAUGUGAAUAUGUAUUGGGGGAUGUGCAAAAAUGGUUGUGGGGUGCUGUUUUUGUAGGCCUAAUCAAACUAUGUUCCAGCACCAAGCUCUUCAGUUUAAUUAGCAGACCCUCAUCCAGGUGAGAGAAAUGAAUUCCACAGAACUACAUUUUAUAGGUGGUACCAAAGACUGGAAGAACAGUGGGCCUGGACUAGAAUUCUUAUAUGUGAACCUAGAUUGGUCUCAGAGAGUGUUUUAAGAAGAGAACAGAUUGUCCUUCUGGAAUAGCCCCUUCUCUCCCCCAGAUACGUUUGACCUAUCUUCUCUUACCAAUAUGAUAGCACUUGUGGGUGAUAAUGGGAAUCUGGCACAUUUGGAGAGCACUGGAUUGUGAAAGCCAAACAGAGAAUUGAUCAUAGAUCCUGAUUUGCCUUUAAACAGUAUCUCCCAGAAGACAUAUCUUGAGUUAAUCAUGAACGGUGCCUUUUCUGUAGAGCAUUGCUAUAUUGUCUCACUCAAGUCACGUUUUCUGUCUAAAAUAACUUUUUCCUUUUUCUAAGCGGAAGGAUCUAUUAUCUGUAGAAAUCAGGGUACGGCUUGGGAGUCAGAGAUCGCAGGUGGAAUUGGGCCGUAGAGAGAGAAACAGAAAUGUAACUGGUAAAAUUGAAGGCUUGUACUUGAAAUGGCAAUCCUAGAAGACUAUAUUUAACUCGGUUCACAUAAUGUCUUUUAAGUUGGCAUUUUUGUCUCUACAUGGUUACAUGUCUAUGUAUAUCAAAAUAUUAUCCCCUCAUUUAUGUAAAUUGGCUGGAAGUAGAGUUAUUGUACAACAGCAUCCCUGAACCAGGUUCCUUCUGGAUGCAUUAGCUCUUAACACCCGUAAGUCCCACUAAGCAUGUUCAGACUGGCUGGGACUCAGGGGAAUUCAGGUCUAAUACAGAUUCUGUGAGUAAUUUGAUUUAUGCAAUACGCUACUGAAUGUACUUGUGUUGCAUGAAGUAUAUAGGUCAUACAUAUGAAAGACACCAUGAUUUGGUUCCGCUGAUUCCUACUGUAUGAAGGUGGCAUUUCCCUACACCCCUACGCUGUAGCUGCUUACUUUCUAUUAGGCUAGAAUGAAUUCCCAAGAGAGGAUUGGGUAGUUCAGGGUUUGAAUUAGUCAGUUCACCUGUACAGCAAUCCAGUAUCAAUCCAAGCUUUAAUUUUAGGAAGUUUAGAUUCUGACCAUAGUCUUUUUUCUUACGAUGAGUCAUUUGGCAAUAAGAUGGAGUGCUCUUAUGGGUGGAAUGAAUGAGUGACAGGAGGGCGAUUGUUCAAAGUUACCCAAGGUACUUUGUGAUUAAUUCAGAUUUUGAAUUCAAAUUCAAAUUUGUCUCCAGUUGUCAACCUUGCAAAAUAGACCAGACAAGCAGCACCCCCAGAUGAACUAGAUAUAACUUUACUGUAAGGUUACAUUAACAGAAUCUUGCAAGUCUGAAAAUACCUCUCUUCCCCCCGUCUCACCUUUAUAAUCCAAGAAGCUAAGGAGGGUCCCUUUUGAUAUGUUUGCCUCACACCAGUGGUGGUUUGCCCCUGAUUUGGACCAGUUCUUGCCAACUGGUAGUAAAACCAGGGGGGAGGCUCCGCCCACCGACCCCAACGUCAUUAGGAAGCAUGCGUGUGCAAGCGAAGCGAGCGCUCACACGCGAUCCCGCUGCGAACUGGCAGUAAAGCUAAGUAGAACCCACCCCUGCCUCAUACCCAUUCCUUCUGCAGAUUCAGCUAUCUCUUAUCUAACUAUUGCCUAAUCUGCUACUCUUUCUCCUGUCUGGCAAAGUCAUUCAUGCAUACAAUUGCAUCCAGUUUGCAAUCUCUAGGAUAUGUAGCUAGCAUAUUGUUGGCUGGGAAUUCUGCAAGUUUGAUCCCAGCAUAUAGGCGAAGCACCAGCUUGGGAAGGAUAUUUACUUUGUAAGUAUGUAAUGAUUAUACAUUAACAACGUGGUGCUGUCUGUUCUUUGGUUUGCAACAUUCCCAUUCCUUGCUGUGACAACUAAUUAAUUAGAUUUAAAAUACCAGUGAAUUAGAAAUCCAAUAGCAUGGCUAGUCUAGUGAAGAGAAGGACCAGGGGAGACAUGAUAGCCAUCUUCCAAUACUUGAGGGGCUGUCACAGAGAGGAGGGUCAAACUGUUUUCCAAAGCACUUGAAGGCCAGACAAGAAAUAAUGGAUGGAAACUGACCAAGGAGAGAUUCAACCUAGAAAUGAGGAGGAACUUUCUGACAGUGAGAACAAUCAACCAAUGGAACAGUUUGCCUUCGGAAGUUGUGGGACCUUCAUCACUUGAGACUUUCAAGAAAAGAUUGGACUGCCAUUUGUCAGAAAUGGGAUAGGGCUCCGGCUUGAGCAGGGGGUUGGACUAGAUGACCUAUUAGGUCCUUUCCAACUGUGUUAAUCUGUUGAAUCUGUUAAAUUAUUUAAAAAUUGAACUAGGUAGUUGUAGUAAUCUUCUCAAAAGAUUUUCCAAAAGCAUCAGGAACAAAACUAAAUGUGUGCCAAUAUACAAAAAUCAGUGAAGUAUGAGAAGAAAACUUUGUUACCUAGUGAUUAAACUUACUUUAAAAAAUAAACAUAGCUAGGACUAUUAUGUUAUUUAGAUAAAAAUUCCAUUGGCAUAUUUACUUCUAGUAAAUUGAUAUUUAUUCUUGUUCUGGACACAUGUUUCUGAUAAAGUGAAUAGAUCCACCCAAAAUUAUUUCCAUUGGUGAAAUAACCUGCACCCUUCUCUCUUCCUCCCUGGGAAAUCAUACUGAAGUAAACAGGAUUUACGUUUGCAUAGGCAACUGAGGGAUGCAGUGGCUCAGGGGCUAAGAUGCUGAGCUUGUCAAUUGAAAGGUUGGCAGUUCAGCGGUUCGAAUCCCUAGUGCCGGGUAAUGAAAUGAGCUCCCAUUACUUGUCCCAGCUUCGAAAGCAUGUAAAAAAUGCAAGUAGAAAAAUAGGGACCACCUUUGGUGGGAAGGUAACAGCAUUCCAUGAACCUUUGGCAUUUAGCCAUGCCAGCUACAUCACCACAGAGACAUCUUCGGAGAGCGCUGGCUCUUCAGCUUUGAAACAGAGAUGAGCAUUGCCCCCUAGAGUCAGGAAUUAGUAGCACGUAUGUGCGGGUAGAAACUUUACCUUUACCUGAGGCAACUAUAAAGAUUUUACUUUUGGACAUAGAAAAAACAGCAGGGACAUUGCAUAUGCUCAGGGACAUUGCAGAUUUAUUUUGCUUUUUUAUGACUAGCUUGUGAUUUGGUUUGUCUAACAUUUUUCUUUUUAUCUCAGCUUAUCAGUUAUUCCAACUUGUGAAGAUAAAAUGGAGUAGGGGAAUGGAGAAUCCUAUUCAUCACUUGAAAUUCUAGCAGAAAAAUGGAAUGCAAAUGCAAUAAGACGUAACAAUAAUAUAACCAGGAAAAAUAGUUAACAUGCAGAAUAUAAACUGCAUCAAGAACAUAAACUAAUUUUAACAACACAAAUGUCUUAAGCAAGUGACUCUCUAAAAGCACACAAACCACCAAGAACCAUCAUGGAUUGAAAGCCACCAUUACAGAAGAGGCCUAGCUGCUUCACCACCAAAUAUUUGACAUUAAUGGAGGGUAGUGAAAUUUCAGAUAUUGGUCUCAGAGGUUCAGGCAGGUGAUGUCCCGAUUUAUAAAUUUUAGCUGAAGCUAAUAUUGAACCAAUAUUAUCAGAAAAAUGACAUGGGAUUUUGUAAGAAAUGGUUAGUUUAUUCUGGCCUAUGUAUUUUUGUCCUGUAAGCAACAGGCUGUUUCUGUCAUAUGCAUUGAAUUAAACUGAAUUAGAAAAUUGAAUUAGAAAGUGAUUAGGGUUUGUUUAAUAUCUUUGAGCCAGUAUUGAUUCCUGCCAAGUGGCUUGUCAAGUCCCUGCAGUUUUCUUGGCAUGAUUUUUUUUUUCCAGAAGUGGUUUGCCAUUGCCUCUUUCCUGAGGCCGAGAGUGUGUGACAGGCCCAAUGUCAACCAGCUGUCUUAGUGCCUAAGGUGCAGACAAGAAUUCUCAAUCUUCAGGUUUCUAGCCUGGUGCCUUUAACCACAAUCUCACAAACUGAGUCAGAUGGGGGAUGCAUCUGUCAAGUGCAAAAUACCCAUUCCAAGUGGGAUGUUGUUGUUUUUGAAUUUGGGGUGGCUGUUUCAAUAAUUUUGAAAGUGGUUCAACCCUGAAAUAUUUCUAGACUGAAGAAAAUAGCCUAUUUCUUCACGUGAAUCCGUUAUUUGUUCUGCAAGUAAAAUGUUUCAAACAACGAACCAUUCAAAUUAAAAAUGUGCAGUUCUACUGCAAAUACAUCUGCACAUUGCUGCCCAAUGAAAAAUAGAGGUAAUGAAAUGCAAAAAGAAAAAAGAAAAAGCCACAUCUUGUGCUAAUAGCACUUACAUGUUUAUUCUGAAAGAAAUCGUAAAAGAAGUUACUGGUUAUAUUUAGAAUAAAAUAGAAUAGAAUUUUUAUUGGCCAAGUGUGAUUGGACACACAAGGAAUUUGUCUUGGUUCAUAUGCUCUCAGUGUACAUAAAAGAAAAGAUACGUUCAUCAAGGUACUUAUAUUUAUUUAUGGGAUGAACUGAACUAAACUGAACUGAAAACUAAUUUAGCCAGUUGUGCGAUCUUUGCAUGUGAGAUUUUAGAGUUCCAUUUCUAAUUAGGUUGAAUAAAUCAUAGCUAACUUCGGGCAAGCAUGUCCUAUGAAGGUAACCAAAGUUUGAAUGUGCAUGGGGGAUGGCAUUAUUUAUUUUGUUGCUAAGAUUUGUUGCUACUCUUCAUUCAGACUGCCUCUAAGAAGCGUAUAGGAUAAACAAAGUCUGGAAAUGAAUGAUGGCAUCAGCCAUAGUAGAGCUAUGGUGGCACAGUGGUUAGAGUGCAAUACUGCAGGCUACUUCUGCUGACUGCCAGCUGCCUGCAAUUUGGCAGUUCAAAAUCUCACCAGGCUUAAGGUUGACUCAGCCUUCCAUCCUUCCGAGGUGGGUAAAAUGAGGUCCCAGAUUGUUGGGCGCAAUAUGCUGACUCUGUAAACUGCUUAGAGAGGGCUGUAAAGCACUGUGAAGCAGUAUAUAAGUCUAAGUGCUAUUGCUAUUCACCAGUGACAGGCCCAAACUUAACCCCCCCAACCCCGCCCUAAAGGCGCUGUCCCACAAGGUUUUCACAAGCUUGUGGAAACUCAUCAGGGAAAUGUAGGGCUGUGUCCAGGAGGAUGAGCUAUUCUCCAUUGAGAAGGCUCAAGUACAGGGUCUCUGCUGCUGGAAAUAUUCUACAUUAAGGCAUAUAUAUAACACACACACACACACACCAGGGAAUCCAAUCUAUCAAGUGUCGCCUGUCAUUGUUCUUGGCAUGUAGCAAUAGAUUGGUGCUCCUCUUGGCUUGGAAAGGAAAGGGUCGGAAGAGCAAUUUUCUUCCAUCUUUACAACUUGCCAGUGGAAGGAGCCCCAAAGUCUUCCCUUAGUUCCACUAAGACCUAAGAUAUCCAUUUGUGUUGGAUAACACAAGUGAAAAGAAACUAUACAUUUCAGGGUUUCUUCCAGUGGCUCCAAUUGUUUUGUUAAGCGGUAAUUAUUUUGUCUUUCUUGCAAGCCUUGGGCUCCUUUUUCUUUCUGAGCAUUGCUUUAGCUUUCUUAUUUAUUAAAAUUAUUUAUGUGUUAGAUUAUAUCCACCUUUUCCUGCCGGAGCUCAAGUUGGAGUACAUUAGGCACUCCAUAGCCAUGCCAAAAUCUAAAGUCACAAUUGUAUGUCUCUUUGCUACCAUCCAGUGGUCUUAUAAAUUACUGCAGCUCAGAUUUGGUAUGUCCAGCAUAGGUAGUGCUUUCCUUUCCCUUUCCCUCCCUUCAACAACUCCUCCCUAGGUAGGUUGCACUGAAAGAGCAUAAGUGACCUAAAUCUUACAUGAGUGAUGGUAGACUUGAACCUGGAUCUUUUUUAUCCCAGAAUAACAUCUUGAGUCCUUUGUUGGCCUUUGAAGCCUUCCCAAAGCUCUUCUGAUGUUUCCAGGCCAGGAUAUUACCACACAGCAACCUUCCCUCAGUGAUGAAACUUUAUAGGCCAUCCAGAUGUCAUCAUUUUCCACUUUUAAUUUAAUUCUACCCUUUCUUUUAGCUGUUCUCUUACCACACACACACACACAAAUCUGUUAAGGAAGAAUGGAGUGAUUAUAUGGUGCCUUUUGACUUGUCCAUCUGGAAACAUGUUUUUACUGUUACGGUUUUUACAGGUGAUUUUUGUUCAAUAUUCCUACCUUUAAAUAUAAGUUUCUGGUACUUAUAAUACCUAGAAUCCAUAUAGAGCUAUAAGGACAUCUUAAGGUCAAAGUGGGGAACUGCAGCCAUUUAAAGAGGAAUGUAAUAAUUCUUUUUGCAAUAUGCCAUUUUUUUUCCCUUAAAUGUUUUGCUUUUUGCACAUCACCUGAUGAAGAGUUCUGGAGAACGUGAAAGCUUGCAAAAAUAUUUGUGUUAAUUUUAUUUAAUCUUAAUAAAUAUCUUACCCAUAAUGGAUUGGGGUCCUUUUUUUCUUUCUUAAGUUGACCAA